AUGCUCGCCCUCCGUCGUCUGCCUGUCACCUCAUUCCGCGCGCUCCACACCUCCUCGGUCGUCGCCCGCCGGGCCAAGCCAUCCGAGUCGGUCGAGGUCGAGGACGACGCCGCCGACGACCUCUUUGACGACCUCGACGCUGUCGCUUCGUCGUCGUCCUCGUCGGUGGACCGCGCCCAGCGCCGUGCUCUUAUUGUCGACAACAUUCUCAACAAGAACAUUGAGCGCGUGGGCGAGCUCCGUAAAGUCGCCCAGCUGUCGGAUACGCCCGCCGACCUCGAGGGCCUGGGUGCCGUGCUCAAGUCGUGGCGUGUGGCUGGCAAGAAGGUGACGGAGCAGACUGCCAAGGAGAUUGUCGGCCGCUGCAUCAACCUCGGCCGUCCCGACCUGGCGAAGGAGUACUCUUCCGACAUCUUGACAUACGGUUUCCCCGUCCUGCCGAAGGCCACUGCCAUCAAGCUUGCCAAGGAAACCAAGGCGCAGAAGGCUUAA